AAAAGAAGAAGAAAAUUCUGGCAACCCCGAGGGACAAGCUAUCCCGAAACUCUGGUCGUAAGCCAAAAGACUGCUUCUUUCUAAUUGGAUCCUUCUUCUCUACUCUUCGCAUUUUCUCUCGCUUUCCUUCUUAUACCUCAACCCAAAAUCCAAACAAGCCUUAACCAUCAAGAGUAGAAUAAAGUUUUAAAAUAAAGUAUCUGUCUGCAGUACCUGAUUCUUCACCAGAACCAAGAACAACCAAAACCUAAUUCCAUACUGCUUAUUCGGUGUUUACAGAUCCACCUUUGAUUCCUCAGAUAUAUAUAUAUUUUUCAAUCCUUGAUCCGGUUUUGUGGAGAUGGCGGACACAGACCAUCGUUGCUCGACACAAUUGAUCGAUGGAGAUGGAGAGUUCAAUGUGGUUGGACUUGACAACUUCAUGCGGACUACUAAAUUCUCUCACUGUGGCCUCUCUUAUGCUGUCGUCGCCAUCAUGGGCCCUCAAAGUAGCGGGAAGAGCACCCUGUUAAAUCAUCUUUUCCAAACAAAUUUCAGGGAGAUGGAUGCAUAUAGAGGAAGGAGUCAAACUACCAAGGGUAUUUGGAUUGCACAUUGUGUUGGUAUAGAGCCUUUCACAAUUGCUAUGGAUUUGGAAGGUACCGAUGGAAGAGAAAGGGGCGAGGAUGACACUACAUUUGAGAAACAAAGUGCCCUCUUUGCUCUGGCAAUUGCUGAUAUUGUGCUCAUAAACAUGUGGUGUCAUGAUAUUGGUCGGGAGCAGGCUGCCAACAAACCGCUUCUGAAAACAGUUUUUCAGGUUAUGAUGCGAUUAUUCAGCCCCCGGAAAACAACACUUCUAUUUGUUAUACGUGAUAAAACAAAGACCCCCCUUGAAUAUUUGGAGCCUAUACUAAGGGAAGAUAUUCAAAAGAUAUGGAAUGUAGUUAGUAAACCUGCGGCCCAUAAAGAUACACCCCUCAGUGAAUUCUUUAAUGUGGAGGUCACUGCUUUAUCAAGCUAUGAAGAAAAAGAGGAGUUAUUCAAAGAGCAGGUUGCUCAACUAAGGCAGCGUUUUUUCAAUUCUAUUUCUCCAGGAGGACUUGCUGGUGACAGACGGGGUGUUGUCCCUGCCUCUGGAUUUUCUUUUAGCGCACAACAGAUAUGGAGAGUUAUAAAAGAGAACAAGGAUCUGGAUCUUCCUGCUCACAAGGUAAUGGUUGCCACAGUUCGUUGUGAAGAGAUUGCAAAUGAGAAGUUCUGUCGCUUAUCAUCUGAUGAGGAUUGGUUAGCAUUGGAAGAAGCUGUUCAAUUUGGGUCAGUAUCUGGUUUUGGGAGAAGGCUGAGCUCUAUCCUAGAAACCUACUUUUCAGAAUAUGACUCGGAGGCAACCUACUUCGAUGAAGAUGUAAGAAAUGCAAAAAGGAAACAUCUUGAGUCAAAAGCUUUGGAUCUUGUGCAUCCUGCUUAUCUCAACCUGUUGGGACAUUUACGUUUCAAAGCACUUGAAAAUUUUAAGUCUAGACUAGAACGGAUGCUGAAGGAAGCAGAAGGAUUUGCAGCUUCUGCUCGUGCAUGUACUGAGUCUUGUAUGCAUGAGUUUGACCAAGGAUGUGCAGAUGCUGCUAUCAAACAGGCUAAUUGGGAUGCUUCUAAAGUUAGGGAAAAACUGCGACGCGAUAUUGAUGCUCACAAAUUAUCUGUUCGUGAUGCGAAAUUGUCAGAAUUGGUUGCUAGAUAUGAGGAAAAGCUUAGACAAUUGUUAUGUGAACCAGUGGAGUCUCUAUUUGAUGCUGCUGGAAGAGACACCUGGGCUUCAAUAAGACAACUUCUUAGACGUGAGACUGAGACUGCUGUGUUAGAGUUUUCAACUGCCAUUUCUAGUUUUGAGUUAGACCAACCUACAAUUGAGAGCAUGCUGCAAGGUUUGAGGGAUUAUGCAAGAAAUUUGGUGGUGAAGAAAGCAAGAGAGGAAGCCGGAAAAGUUCUGAUCCUCAUGAAGGAUAGGUUCUCAACUGUCUUCAGUCAUGACAACGAAUUAAUGCCAAGAGUUUGGACUGGAAAAGAAGACAUUAAGACAAUUACUAAGGAUGCUCGUGCUGCGUCUCUGAGGCUGUUAGCUGUUAUGGCUGCCAUCCGGUUGGACGAGAAACCAGAUAAAAUCGAAAACAUACUACUUUCUUCCCUAAUGGAAGGAACCGUGACUUCUCCAGACCCUCUUGCCUCUAGCACAUGGGAGGAGGUUCCUCCUGAGAAUACCCUGAUUACACCAGUACAAUGUAAGUCACUAUGGAGACAGUUCAAAUCAGAGACUGAAUAUACAGUUACUCAAGCUAUUUCAGCACAGGAGGCAUACAAGCGAAGUAACAACUGGUUACCUCCUCCAUGGGCAAUUGUGGCAAUGGUUGUCCUUGGAUUUAAUGAAUUUAUGCUUCUUCUAAGGAAUCCUCUCUAUCUCAUGUUUCUAUUUGUUGCUUUUUUACUCUCAAAAGCCAUGUGGGUACAGAUGGAUGUCCCAGGGCAGUUUCAACAUGGCACUCUGGCUGGGCUAAUCUCUAUUUCAUCAAGGUUUCUUCCUACUGUCAUGAAUCUUCUAAAGCGACUUGCUGAAGAGGCCCAAGGCCAUCGAACCCCAGAGUCCCCCACGCAACAGCAAUCAUCAGUAGCUUUUCAGAGCUUCAGGAAUCAAAGUCAGCUAAAUCCAUCAAGCUCAAUUGCACAGUCAUCUGUAUCAUCCAACGUUUCUGUGUCUGAUAGUAGUGUCGAGUACUCGAGCCCUAACUUAAUGCAGAGAAGAAGUACAAAAGUUCAAGAAGCAGAGCUUUCUCAAUAAAAGCUAGUCUUCCGGUGUAGAAUGUAUACCAAGUUAGUUCAAGUACUACCUCAUGCAACUUAAAAUCUUCUUUGGGAUGAAAAAUGGGGAUAUAUAAUAUAUGGAGAGAGAGUCUUUUACAUAAGUAACGAAGGAUGCAGGAUUUGGAUGUGCUCUAUAUGUUAAAUGAGUUUGCCAAAGUUACCAGGGAGAUUUGUUUUGUACGCACUUUUGAAUAAAUUUAAUUAAUGACAUCUUCCUUUUUAUCCUCUAA